CCGCUUGGUAGUUUGAGAAGUGGGAGGGGUUUCCACGGCAGCGUCAUGACGUAGGUGGCGGGAGUUGUGACGCUGCGGUUCCUUGUUUUCAACACAGCGCGGGAGAUCCAGGAGAAGAGGAGUCAAUCGGAGAAGUUUUUGUGAAAAUGCCUUGUGAAAGGAAGCCGAUGCGCUACGGCCACUCGGAGGGACACACCGAGGUUUGCUACGAUGACACCGGAAAGUUCAUGGUAACCUGUGGAAAUGAUGGAGAUGUUCGUAUUUGGGAGGGUCUGGAUGACGACGAUCCGAAGUUCAUCACUGUCGGGGAGAAGGCUUACUCUCUGGCGCUGAAGAACGGAAAGCUGGUGACGGCCAGCUCCAACAACACGGUGCAGAUUCACACGUUUCCCGACGGCGACCCGGACGGCAUCCUGACCCGGUUCACCACCAACGCCACACAUGUUGCCUUCAACAGCAGCGGCUCCAGAGUUGCUGCUGGAUCAAGUGACUUCAUGGUUAAGGUGGUGGUCGUGGCGGACAGCAGCCAGCAGAAAACUCUCCGGGGUCACGAGGCUCCGGUCCUCAGCGUCACCUUCGACCCUAAAGAUGACUUCUUGGCCUCUGCCAGCUGUGACGGCUCCGUUGUGGUGUGGAACAUUGAGGAGGAGACUCAGGUGAUCAGCUGGCCUCUGCUGCAGAAGACGAACGACGUCACUAAUGCCAAGAGCCUGUGUCGCUUGGCCUGGCAGCCUGGGACGGCAAAGUUUUUAGCAGUUCCUGUAGAAACCAAGGUGCACCUGUAUGCGCGCGAGUCCUGGGAUCAUGUGAGCACUCUGUCUGAUGAUCUGCUGACACAGCCCAUCAACGUGGUGGCGUGGUCUCCGUGCGGUCAGUUCCUGGCGGCCGGCAGCGUCGGGGGUUUACUGACGGUGUGGGACGUCGACAGCAAACUCUGCGUGGAAAGGCAGAAGCAUGAGAAAGGUUUCACGGUGUGCGGUUUGGCGUGGCAUCCGUCAGGAAACCAGAUCGCCUACACAGACACCGAGGGCUGUCUGGGACUACUGGACGGACUCAGCACCUCCUCAGCCGACUCCUCCGACUCCUCCAACACCUCCAAGCCGGCGAAGAAGGCGGCCAAAGACUACGACGCCCUCUUCGAUGACGACGAUGACGACGACCGACUCAUGGACGAGGGUCGGAGUGAUACCAACUCGCCAGCCAAGCAGCCGGUUGUCGGGGACGACGACGAUGACGACGAUUUCUUGGUGCCCGCAACCGGGCGCGUGAGGAACAGAGGGGCCAUCCUGGAUGAUGAAAACUCACGAGACACUGGAUCGCUGAAGCUCGGUCAGGACAAAUUUGGGGAUGACGACGAUGCAGGAAGCGCCGUGGUGCCCGCCGUGGCUCUACCUGGGCAUCCCGUCUACGAGGGGCCUCUUCCCACUCCUCCGCAGAAGGCCUUCCAGCCCGGCUCAACCCCUGCGCAUCUCACACACCGCUUCAUGAUGUGGAACUCCGUGGGGAUCGUGCGAGGCUACAACGACGACCAGGACAACGCCAUCGACGUGGAGUUCCACGACUCCGCCGUGCACCACGCGAUGCACCUCACCAACUCCCUGGGUCACACCAUGGCUGCUCUCUCCCAGGAGGCCGUGCUGCUGGCCUGCCCCAGCACGGACGAGCUCGCCAGUAAGCUGCAGUGCCUCCACUUCUCGUCCUGGGACACCAACAAGGAGUGGAUGGUGGAUCUGCCGAAGGGCGAGGACGUGAAGGCGAUGUGUCUGGGUCAGGGCUGGGCGGCGGUCGCCACCAGCUCGCUGACGCUGAGACUCUUCUCCAUCGGAGGAGUCCAGAGGGAAAUCUUCAGCCUGCCGGGGCCCGUGGUCUGCAUGGCCGGACAUGGAGAGCAGCUGCUCAUCGUCUACCACCGCGCUACCGGUUUUGAUGGAGAACAGGCUCUGGGCGUCCAGCUGCUGCAGUUGAGCCGAAGGACGAGACAGCUCAUCAACAGCGAGCCCCUCCCCCUCUCUCACAAGUCCUACCUGUCCUGGCUGGGAUUCACUGCAGAGGGCACCCCAUGCUACGUGGAUUCAGAGGGGGUGGUGCGGAUGCUGAACCGGUCGCUGGGCAACACCUGGACACCAGUGUGCAACACCAAGGACACCUGCAAGAGCAAGUCUGAUCACUACUGGGUGGUCGGCGUGCACGAGAACCCUCAGCAGCUCAGGUGUAUUCCAUGUAAAGGCUCCAGGUAUCCACCGACCCUCCCCAGACCUGCUGUGGCCAUCCUGCCCUUCAAGCUGCCUCUGUGUCAGACCACCACAGAAAAGGGCCAGAUGGAGGAGCAGUUCUGGCGUUCAGUCCUCUUCCACAACCACUACGGCUUCCUGUCCUCCAGCGGCUACGAGAUAGACGAGGACGGACAGAACCGGUCCCAGAAGGAGCAACAGGAGCUGCUCAUGAAAAUGUUUGCGUUGUCCUGUAAGCUAGAGAGGGAGUUCCGCUGCGUGGAGCUGGCGGAGCUCAUGACCCAGAACGUGGUGACUCUUGGCAUUCGAUACGCGUCCAGAUCCAGACGCAUGGCCCUCGCCCAGCGGCUCAGUGAGAUUGCGCUGGAGAAAGCCAACCAGAUCCAAGAGGAAGAGCCAGAGGAGCAGGAGGAGGAGCCGGACUACUCCAGCGUCAGGAGGACCUCGGGGUACAAACAGACUGAGGCCACAGGAGGACGUUACAGCAGCCGACAUAAUAAUGAGGAGGAGGAGGAGGAGGAAGAGGAGCAAAGAGGGGAACAGCUCCAGGAGGAAGACGACGGGCAGGAGAUGGAAACAGAGGAGGCAACAGAAACCCAAAAAUCCAUUAAUCCAUUCGCUAAAGAAUCAAGUUCACCUGUGAUGCCGUCUCUUACACAGAUUGGUAAAGCCGGACGUGCAAAUCCUUUUAAGGUCCUCAGUGCGGGGAAACCUGCGGCUUCAUCACAUCAACCUCGAGUGACAAACAUCCUGGACAACAUGACGUCCAGCAGGAAGUCGGCUCCACACAUGGGCUCUGCAGGGAAAACAAACAAAAACCCCAUCCUCAAACCGCUGGCCCCCAGACCCAAAACAAAGACUCAGUCCACUCUGCUGCAGAUGACAAGCACUAAGACGACCAGCAAGAAGAGUCGGGAGAACACAGAGCCGACUGCAGAUCAGCAGAAACAGCCAGACGUCCCGACUCCAGCCCCACCUGCAGAAAACACUGAAAACAAGAGGUCGAAGACGGGCUUCCAGCUGUGGUUGGAGGAGAACAGGAAGAGUAUCACAGCCGACCACCCGGACCUAGAAGAGGCCGACGUCAUCAGAGAGGCCAUGGGACUCUUCAGGGCGCUGUCCUCCGAGGAGCGACUGUCGUGGACAGAAAGAGCCAAAGGCCAUUCUGGAGGCACGGCUGAUUUGAAGAAGAGGAAGAGGGCUGAAGGAGGGGAUGGAGGUGAAGAUGUGGAGAAUGAAACGGUAGAAGCUGAUGAUAAUAGUGCCAAGAAGAAGAAGUCUCUGGAUCCUUCCUCCAAGCUCUCGGCGUUUGCCUUUAACAAAAAUUAAGCGUCCCUCCUGAUGAACCCGAGACAGUUUAUCCUGGAAAUUGAACCGUUUGUACAGAUCUGGUUUGUUUUUACACGUUUCUCUAUUUUAACAAUUUAAUAAAUGUAAAUGUAUUCACA